CCUAGGUUCGCUUGCCUGUGCGGCCUUAAGGGAGAGCCUCUCAAAGUUGGGCCCCCAGAUGUUGCUGAGCGACAGCUGCCAGGGUGGCUGGGAAUGACGGGAGUUGUUGGAGUUCGAUCACUCCAUCUUUAUUCCGGCCCAAGCCCAGGAGUUCGAUGACAACAUCUGGGGGGACCCAACUUUGAGAAGCCCCUGAGGAGUAAAAUAACGAGACUUGCACUUGGAGGUGUGGGAUAACAGAUCGUGGUCUCUCCUGUAAAGGAAUGUUACCAAGGAUAUUGCUUGGACAAUUGGGCAUCUAUCUAUUGGUUUGAUGGCUUCUAGUAUUUGUGAUUUACUGAAAACAAGCUGCAAUGCCCCUUUAAACAGAAAAGUGGAAGAAUUUCCAGCAUGUUCACUGGCUGGGGUCCCAGGUUUGAAGGAAUGGUAUUUUGCUAUUCAGUCAAUAUGUGGAUUUUAUCAGUUUUGCAGUUCUGACUGGGAGGACAUUUGUUUUGACCUACGAACAGAUGAAAGCAAAGACAUGAUUCAAAAAAAUAUCGAAGCAUACCUGGGUGAUAUUCAAACUAUUGAGGAGGAAGAUGGUAAUAGCAGGGAACUAUCACUGAUUGAUCUUUAUGAAGAAUCUGCAGAGGGUAUACAUCAGUUAGCAGAUAAGCUUCCUGCUCCUGGAAGAGCAAUGGUUGAUGUCAUACUGCAGUCUUCAGAAAGAGAAGCCCCUCGAUUGAAAGAUUGCUUACCUGUUAUUGGUGCCUUGAAACAUCUGAGAGAAUGGCACACAGCAAAAAUCACUAUUGUAGCAAAUGAAAACAAAACUUGGCAAAAAGUUGCAGAUUAUCUUUGUGCAGAUAUUGUGGCUCCAAAAGACCUGAAAAAUAGCAUUGAUUCCAGAGAAUUAUGGCGAGGAAAGAUUCAGAUAUGGGAGCGAAAGUUUGGAUCUGAAAUUACUUUUCCAGACUUCUGUAUAAAAGGUACUGCAUCAAGAACGCCAUUCAGUGUGUUACAUUUAAAUACUUGCUUUGCUGCUGAGAAAACGGAACAGACAAAGAAUACUAACUUUCAUUUGCCAAAGGUUUUCCAUUAUUAUGGUUCAGCAUUAAAAUUUGUACAGAUUGUGCUGCUGUCUGAUCUACCUUCAUCUUUAGUCUCAGACAUUCAGUUUGAGGUGAGCCUGGCAAGAACGAAUGUGGAAGAGAAAUCUAUGCUGUUUUGGAACCAGAUUUCCUCUCUUUGCGGAAAGGUAGGAGCUUUAUUUGUAUUGCCCUGCAGUGUAAGUGGUAUGUUGAUUCCUUUACCUAGCCAACUGAGUACCAAAAAAUGGAAGGAAUAUAUGGCUCAGAAACCCAAAGUCAUCAAUGCUCCAGAAGCUGAACUGAAAGGAGAAACUUGCAACUAUUAUUUCUUAGUACAAGGUAACGGCUGUAAAGGAUGUAAAGCAACAUUGAUCUAUUCAGCCAGUCAGAUCAAUGGCUCAGUCACUCUUGCAGAAACAGUUGGAAAAUUGACAACAAAGGCAGAAGAUACAGAAGCAGGUUUGUUUGAAGAGGUCCUCCGAUCUCUCCCACACUUCUACGGGGAACAGAUUUUGCAGAGAGAGAAGAACCUGGCUUGCAUCCAAGCACUGGCUUUGAAUCAGUUCCUGAGAGGCUGGGAAUCAGCCAGACAACCACUGACUGUUUCACCUGAUAAACUAAAAGAGCUGCUGACAUGCACCAGGGAACGUUUUUUACAGUUGUGGAACACUAAGCUUCCAACUAACCAUUUUUCAGAAAGAGCUGUCAAAACAGAAGGCCAUGGAACAAUUUGUGAUCUGAUGCUGAAAAAUUCAAAUCCUUUGGAGUGGCCAGAAAGAAACGUCUUUCAGAACUUGGAAAAUUUUGAAAAAAUUAAACAAAAAACAAGAGUUUCUGAACAACUGCUGGGCCAUAAAGAUGGCCAAAAGGAGUCAGCAACAUUACUUGACGCUAAAGAGUUGUUGAAGUAUUUUACUCCGGAAGGGUUGCCCAUUGGGGAUCUUCAGCCUUUAUGUUUUCAAAAAAGUGAAAAUGCUUUUCUUCUGACACCGGAGCUGACACCUCGAAAACUGAAAAGUUUGCCCUUUGAAAAAGCUGCUGGGUGCCAUUAUCAUGGCCUUGAAUACUGUCUGGACAACAGAGGAGCUUUGGAAAGAGAUGUGGUAUUGGCUGAACUUCAGACUCGUCUUAUCCGCUACGAAACUCAGACCACCUGCACAAAGCAGUGCUGCCCUGUGCCAUCCAUCUUGAGCCCUUUGCCCUCUCCUGCAGUGCUGUCAGAGCCCGGAAGCAUCCCUGAUGGGGAAACUUUACAAAGGGAGCUCCUAUCAGAGGCAUCCAGGCUAAAACGCAGAUCAAAAGACCUGGAUGGCUUUUAUCCCAACAAGAGGUUAAUGAAAUCUGAAAGUUCGGAUUCUCUCGUGUCUCAGGCAAGCGGAAGCAGCAGUGGCCGCCACUCAGGAACUGUUUCAAGAAAGCAGCUGGAGACGUCCGCCUCACUGUCUUCUGUGGCUGUGAAACAGGCUCAUAAUCGGCUGCAGAAAACAGUCACAAAAAGUAGCUUAGCCAGCCAAAAGUGUGUUAAAGAGCCAGAAAUAUCAAAGCCAGCAAAAGAACCGAGGUCUCAGAAGCACACACGGAUGUUGAAGGAGGUGGUGACUAAAACCCUGGAGAAGCAUGGAAUUGCUGAAGACCACAAGUGCUUUGUGACAUGCAGCCAACGUCUGUUUGAGAUAGCCAAGUUUUAUUUAAAGGAUCUGAAAACAUCUAGGGGUCUGUUUGAUGAAAUGAAGAAAGCUGCAAACAGCAAUGUUAAACAGGUCAUUGAAUGGGUGCUGGAAAAGACCAAACAGAAAUGACAUAUGCCUGAGCCCAAUUUUGAGUAAACACCAUGCAUGAAUGGACAGUGUGGGCUGCCCACCGCCGAGAGCAUGUUCAGCACACUACAAGAUCUGCCAUGUUAACUAUUUUUGUGAAGUAAGCCACAAUAUAUAUGUGUAUGUAUUUAUUAUGUUGCAGUGUAUAAAAGGACAUGAUGAACCCUCUGCUUUUUCUUUUUGUGGAGCUUGUACAGGUUUUUAUUUAGAGUAAUAAAAGCCAAGGUUUUUUUAGCA